GCGCCUCUUGUAAAUGGCCACAAGUAGUCCGAGCUUCGCUCAUCCAGCGCAUCUGCACAGGGCCUCCGGACAUCUCAUCGGCACUGGAAUCCUUCGUCGAGCACUGUGAAAAAGCGAGAACAACUGUUCUUCGCCGCAGCUUCAUAUGCUCGCAAGAUUGGGCCGAAUUCGCGAGCGUCAUGGCAGUCAAGCCGAGGUCUCAAUUCAGCACCUCGUCGCAUCUUUUGGGCCUUGCAAGCUCCGGAAAGCCACGCAAUACUGUACUUGUACUGUCAUCGCAAUUCGCACAAUCGAGCAAAAGAUCGUGCUACCUAUUGAAACCAAUGACUCGCAUUUUGGCAAUUGUGCGCUCGACAAAAGUCGGACGAAUUUUGUGCCUGGCAAGACGUUAUGGGUCGUUGAAAGACGGGUACAGCUCUUGUACCGUAUUCAGAGGUCUCUUUGCGAGGGUCAAUGUGAGUGGAGUACAAUUCUAUCUGCGCAGGCAUCGCGAAUACAAGAGUGGGUGACUUGCUUGAAAGACGCUUUGAGACAUCCGAAAGGUCUGGACGUAGUGGGAGUGUCUGCACCAGGCUUGCAGUUCUGUCCUCUUCCUCCCUUUGGAUGCUGCUGCCGUCGUCUCUGCUGAAGCAGGGCGAUGCAGUCGAAAUUUCGCCAGUAACAAGAGAUCGAGACCGAGG